AUGAUCUUCACUGCCACGAAUAACCUCUCUCCCUUGGUGUGUCGCGUCUUCGUCAAGCAUAUCUCUGGUCGGUGCAUUCUUUCUGGCAUUCAAGAGGGUCUGAGUGCUUGGGCACAGCCGUACCUAGGUUGUCAACGGCACAACAAGGCCCCAGUCGACAUUCUUCGCAGUUCCGACGCAAAAUCCAGUCACGUCCACCUAGGCAUUAUAGACUCCUUGGCUCUCCCCGUGGCCUUUCUCGCCUUUCUCACUUCUGCGGGACGGCAGACUCGGUAACCGGAAACCACUGAUUUGUUGGAUAUCGGAAGUGAAUUUGUGAUCAAAGCUCUUCUCGAUCCCUGAGUUGAGAUAUUUAGUGUCCCUUCUACCAAAAAGUUGUUCUCUUGUUGAAUCGAUCGCAUCUUCUUCUUCUGCUUAUUCUUUAUCAUCAUCAUCUUCUUCUUCUUUUUCUUCUUCUUCUUCUUUUUCUUCUUCUUCUUCAUCUUGUUCUUCUUCUUCUUCUUCUUCUUCUUCUUCUUCUUCGGAUACCACUUUGCUUCUGCUAAUGAGCAAACCUCUGUGCUAAUGUGCAGCAGCUGAUCACUGUCCCAUUUAGCUACCGAUAAGACACUGGAAUAAGAGUCCCCAUAAUACAAGUGGCCUUGAGAUAAACUCCAGGGAUAUCAGGGCUAGGGUGAAGGUUACGAUUAUGCAAGGACAGUGUUAGAGUUCAGCAAGGUCUAAGUUUAGGGAUAAAGAAAAGUUAAGGUUUGGGUUUGGGUUGGUGUUAGUGUGCGGUAAUAGAUACCCCCCGGGAGUUUAGCGCCAAAUCGCCUAUAUUACGAAGAAGGGUUGCUAACUUACCGGUCUUACCAUUCUGUUUUCCACCUUACAGGGAUCAGGUAUCUCUCCCAAUUAUUGGAUCACGUUUGAACUACGGAAAAGUAUAGACGACGCGAAGACGCGUCAUGAGAGCACUCUAUAACAUUGUAUGCAGCGCGGUUUUUGAAGAUAAUGAUGUAUUUUCUUGUUCACAUUUGCAGGAGUGUCUAGCCUCCAGGUAUCCACGCUUACGCAAUGCUGAAUGCACAAAAUGGUUCACAGGACGUAGAAAGUAUGCAAGACAUUAGGCAUAGCCGAUAAGUAAUGGAAGUAUGAACGUAGGAUUUACCUAUCAGCUGAACAGUCGCUUCCAGCGGCCGUCUAUCUUCAGUGCGAAAAAAGCGCUCUUUCAAAUGCCAUGAUUCUAAGAACAUUACAGCCUUAUGUCACCGCUCUCACGCAAGCCAGCGCGCAUUUACUAUCACUGGCUGACGCUGUAGCAGUUCAAGGUCUUUGAAGUACGCCUGCAAGUCUUGCAAGUGCACUCAGCUAGAUGGACGCACUCUUGACAAUUACCCUCAGGCAGUUAGCCUUUUAGGUAUUCUGUGGCUCUUGUCGGAAAAUAACGAAGACAGCGAAUCCUCUCGAAGAAAUAAUGGCUCACAAUAAUUAUGCGUUUGCGCUUCCAACUUGAUGAUUGUAGAUAAAAUUAAAAUAGUAAGCUCGAUCCAGUUGUUUUUUAAAAAAAACCCUAUAAUGACCGUUGUUUACGAACGGAAAGUCCCAAUUUUCCUCUGCAUCCUCUUGUUGUGCAAUUUAAAACGAAUCGAUUUAUGGAGAAGGUCAACAGGGUACACACCAGUAUCCUUAAAAACUUUAGGAGACAAGUCCGUCAAACGUGCGCUUACGAUUUUUCAUCAUCAGACCUAUACAGUAAUGUAAGGACAGGAUAGCAAAAGUUGAACAUUCAAUAAUAGUUAUAAUGGGGGACACGUUUGAAAAGCGUUCAGAGCUCAAUAGUCAAAUUCUAAUUAUUCUGGGAUUUAGGGAGGAGGCGGGGGAGCGGGAAGGUGUCUGGCGAUUAUCUGUUCGUGUUUCGGCGGUAUAACGCGAUGUGGCGGGUAUGAACAUGUAUGCUGGGUUUGUCUUUACCCAGGAGGGCCUUAGCGCCUGUACAAACGCUUCAUGCGAGCACAAGGCUGGGUUGGCUAAACGUAUGGUCACUGCCUGUGCCGUCGCGAGUAUUCGUUGACGCGGGAACUUGGAGUGUCUCCCCGGCACUUCAUAGAUGUCUCGGAAUGCUUGGUUGACGUCUACCCGGUGGCCGCUGUCAACCAAGUGAGCCACAAUUGCGCUAGAGAUGGACUUUCCCCCCCCCCCUUGGUUUAGCCAGGCAGGAUGGUGCUCCCGCAUCCGCUAGGGCAGACGCCUAGUUGUUUGAUCAAUAUAAUCUGCCUCCCCUCCCCCUAAAUCCCAGACAGAACUAGAAUCUGACCAUUGAUUUCUGAGCGCCCUUCAACCCUGUCUCCCAUAUUGACCAUUAUUGGAUGUUCAACGUUUGCUAUUCUGUCCUUAUAUUACUGUAUAGGUCUGAUGAUGAUGAUGAUGAUGAUGAUGAUGAUGAUGAUGAUGAUGAUGAUGAUGAUGAUGAUGAUGAUGAUGAUGAUGAUGAUGAUGAUGAUGAUGAUGAUGAUGAAUAA